AUGGCUCACGUUGACCAGCUUCUGGAGGAGUACCUGCGUGUCAUCAAUUCCAAGGACGAUGAGAUACACGAGCUCAUCCGCGGCCUCGAGGAGCGCCGGUGUGAGCUGAAGAAGAAGGAGGACACCUAUAAGGUGGAUGUGGUGAGUGCGCAGCGGCGGCUGGAGAAGGCGCGGAGGCAACUACGAAGGAUGGGACAAAAGUUGCAGGUGAAUGAGGAACAUAUUGACCAGCUUGUUCGGCGCAACGACGUGAUGAAGAUGCAGGCAGACGCUAUGGAGCAGAAGGUAAUUGAAGUCACUAACCUUUUAGAUCGGAGUAAAGAGAGCCACGGCCGAGAGAUGGAGGAGAUGCGACAGCGACACUGUGAGGAGGUUCGGUCAUUGCAUGUGGAGCGCGACAAUUUAAUGUCAGAGCUAACUCAUGCGCAGCAGAAGCAUCUGGAUGCGCAGAGGACUAUGGAGGCAUGUGAAGCAAGGGCGCAGCAGUUAAAUGCAAGAGAGGCUGCGCACGAAGAGUUGAGGAAGGCGUUCGACGACGUUCGUCGGGAGAUGGAAUUCAUGGUCUCAGCGCAAAAGCACGCAGAUGCCUUGGCAGUGUGUGAGGAGUCCAUGCGCAGCCAGAAGGCGGCGGCAGCGGCUGAGAUAGAGGACUUGAAUGCACAGCUAUUGAUUGCGAAGCGUGUCUCGGGCGAGUGUCAGGGUGAACUUAACGAUCUAAGGGUGAUGCAUGUGCAGUUGCAGAAGAGGCUUGCCGAGACAUCGCAGGAAAAGGAGGAGGCGCAACAGCUUCUCGAUGCGGAGCGGGAGUCGAGGAAAAAUUUGGUUGCACUCCACCAGAGGGAGGUGGUGAAGGCCCGUGAGGCCGCUGAGCAGGCGACGGCAAAGCUCACCGCCACGGCGGAGCAGCUGCAGUGUGGGCAAGCCAAGACACGGGCGUUGGAAGGACGACUCUCAGAACUCUCCGAAGCGUUCGAGCAGGAGGUGAGACGCGGUGGUGAAGAACGCGGGAAAAUGUCCUUGCAGUUGACGGCGCUGCAGACGAAAUUGACAGAGCAGCAGCAGGAGAUGGAACGAAGGCAGCGAAGCUUAGAGGCGAGCUCAGCAGAGCUGAGGGAGCUCCAUGCUUCCCUUGCCACUGCAAAGGAGGAGCACCUGCGCUGCAUCGCGGAGCUCAAGGAGAAGCUAACACUCGCAGUAGCGGAGCGGGAUCGGCUUCGGGAAGAUAGGGACCGUCUCACGUUUGAGCUGAAGGAUCUGCAGCAUCAGCUGGGCAGUUUGAAUGAACGCUUCGUGGGGGAAAAGCGGGCCCUCGCCACACGAAACGAGGAUGCCAACAUCGUCAUCGAUAGGAUGAAGGACCAGCUGAGGGACAGGGAACAUCAACAACAAACGUUGGUUGCCACACAAGAAAAACGUCUGCAGGAACUCGCUUGGGCCCAUAAAACGGAGCUGGCGGAGUGCAGGCGGGUUUUGGAGAGUGAAAUAAGUGAGCUUCGCCAGCGCCUGAACUUCGCGAGUGCGCAGCUGGCAGAAGAGGUUGCCACUAACAAGGCGAACCAACGCGAUGUGCAGGCUGCGAAUGAGGUUGCGCGAAAAAUGCGAGAGGAAAGUGAGCAACGUGCCUCGGAUGUUCGUGAGUCCGCAAGAGCGUUGGAGGAUGCGAGGGGAGAGUCCAUGACCUUGCGAGAGGCACUGGCAAAGCAGAGACAGUUGGUUGAUGUCGCUGCGGAGACUGAGGCGCGGCUGCGGAAGUCACUGGAGAAGGUGGAGAGUGACCGCGCGGCGGAGGCGAGGCAGCAUGAGCUCACUGUGCAAGCUCUUGGGGAUGCAAAGGAGAAACUCGCGGCAAGUCGCAGUGAGGUAACGCAGCUGCGGCGAGAACUUGCGCGGGCACAAGAGGAGCGCGCCAAAAGAGAGCUGGUGAACCGUGCGGCACAGCUGCGGAAGUCGCAAAAACAAGUCGAGCAGCUGGAGCGGGAAUUGGUGACCCUGCGGCAGGAGCGACAGCACCAGCUUGCCUCACUGGAAAAAAUGGGUGAGGCGUACGAAUCUUCCCAAAAAGCGAGGCGAGACGCCACUGAUGAGCUUCACCGCCUGCACGCGGAACUGCAGCAAAAGACGAAGGAGUACGCAGGUGUUGCGCAGCAUGCGAAGGAGGUGGAAGAACUCGCAAAGCGCAGCUGCGAGGAGUUGGAGCGGGAAAUGGCCCGGCGCGACGCCACCAUUGACUCGAUGCAGCAGGACGCCUCGCUUCUCGCAGACGAGCGAGCAAAGGUGGCAGUGCUCGAGGAGCGGCUCAAUCAUCAGGCAGACCUUAGCCGUCGCGACGCUGACCUCCUCCACAGUCGCAUCGCUGCAUUGGAGAAGGAGCUUGACGCACGUGACGCGCAGCUGCACCAUCAGGCAGCAGAAGCCGAAGAAAUGGCAGAGCAGUUUCGUGCCUUGCAGAGUCGCGCGGGUGAGCUGGAGGAAGCGGUGACGCAGAAGGAGAAGAAACACGCCCUACGGAAGGAGGCAUUGCGCAAAGCACUUGAGCAGGUUGAUGCCGCUGUGGAGCAAAAAGUGGCGGCCGAACAUAUUUUGUCAAAAGCCAAUACGUCACGUGAGAAAAGCGUUGAGUCUUACAAAGCCGAGUCGGGGCGAAUGCAGGAGCAACUGCAGGUGGCUCGUGCAGCGCAACACGCCGCGGAGUUACGGCUGUCGUCACAGGAGGAGGCGCUGGCGGAGGCGACGAGGACUUUGAGUGCCACGCAGGAGGUGCAACAGCAGCAGCUGAGGCGUCUAAAAGAGGAGCACACCACGGUUCUGGCCAAAGCUUCCGAUGAAUUAAAUGCAGCACUUAAGCGCGUGGAUUAUUUGACCCACGAAUUGGCGCAGUCACGACAGGCACUGCGUGAGGUGGAGGAAGCUAAGGAAGAGGCAUUGCGGUAUGUGAAGGAUUCCCAGCGCAGGCUGCUUGCGUCGUACAGUCGUCUUGUUUCAAAUAUGGCCGAGGAGGUUAUGAUGACAAAGGAAAUGUUUGGUGACUUUGUCAUUUCUGUUACAACGCGCUCCUUCUAUCAGUUGCGUAAAAUUGCGCACGAAGGGUGGGACAUUGCCAUGUCAUUUAAGCAGCAGUGCGGUGAGGGCCUGCGGCAGCUGAAGGAAAAAAUGGAACGCGAGAUGGAAGAGUUGAAGCGGGCCCACGCCGACGAGGUGCAGGUGGUACGGGAUGAGCGAAACAGGGAGGUGUCAAAGCUGGGACUUCAGCACGAGGCCACCGCUGCGCAGUUGCGUCAGGAACUGGUUGACGCCACGGAGCGGGUCUCACGCGAGCGGGAGGCGGCGCUGAAGGAAUGCCACCGCAAGGAGGAGCAGUUGCAGCGCGAACGGCUGGAGCUGGAAAGCGCGCGGCUGGAAAUUGCUCACCGUGGGGAUCAGAUUGCCGCCUUGAAGGAGCAACUCCGCGGGUUUGAGCAGCGGUCGGAGGCGGAGCGGACGCUGCUCGAUCAGGAGAGGCGUACCCUGCAGCAGCAGCAGGAGCGCAUCCGUCAGCGUCUGGACGAUCGCACGAUGGAGCAGAAUAAGAGCGAGGUGGAGGCGCGAGAGCUGCGCUGCGAGAUUUCUGCGAUGCAGCACGUGUUGCAGGAGAAGGAUAAUGCGUUGGCAAGCGAGCGCGAGCGGGCUCGACAGGAGAGCCGUCGACUGACGGCGCUCACCGCCGCCAAAGAGACACUGCAUCGACAAAUAGAAGAACAGCGACGGCAGAUGCAAUUGCUGCAGCUGCAGCUUUCGGCGGCCAAGCAGGGGGCGCAGCAAAGCACCCACACCGCAGCCUCGCAGCAAAGUCGGCUGGAGGAGCGUGUCGCGGAGCUCACAAAGACGCUCUAUACGGUGGAGUCGGAGAAUCAGCGUCUUGGUCGUCAGACGCACAAGGACGAGAAGAAAAUUGCUGUUCUUGAGAAGGAACUCACAGAGUCACGGAAGCGUGAGGCUGAACUUUCCAGCCAGCUGCAGACACGUAAAUCUGAGAGCUCGGCCUUGAAGGAACGCUGUGCGAAUCUUGAAUCGCUCAAACACAUUGCUGAGGUCGCUCUUGCCGAGACACGUCUGCGGGAAAAGGACCUUCUUGAAAAAAUUGAGGAGCUGCGCUCCGCACAGCAACUGAUGCAGCUGUGCUUUGACAAACAGCAGGAACAGCUGGAGGUGGGACGCCGAAUACAUGAGCAAGACGUCAAUCGAAGUGGAUUGCUCUACAAACAUGACCGUUAA